AUGUAUUUAUUAGACAAAAAUUAUAUAAAUUAAGCUAAGAAAUAAAAAAAAUAUUAGCUCAUUUUAAGUAAAUUCUUUAAUAUUUAAGUUUUUUUACAUCACUAUUUUUAUGUGAUUUAGGUUAAGAUGAAUUUAUUUAAUGUUAGACUUUUUCAUAAUGAUGGAUUUCAAACAUUCAGCAUUAUAGUGUUAAUUAUAUAAGGAUUUUCUUAAUUAUCUUUUCUCUCGAUAUACUGUUACUUUCCAAAUAUAUUAAAGAAGAUUAUACUAAUCCUUUAUUUUAUUUCAUUCUAUGUCUCUAUUAGCUUAACCUAUAAAUUAAUAAUUCUAUUUCAUUAACUUUAAAUCUUCUUAUACUAUUAAUAGUUUAUUUUUGCAUAAAUAUAAAUCAUUUAAGAACUCAAAUUCAAUCUAAAGUAUAUCUGUAGCAUUAAAUAAUUGUUUUUCAUUUAGAUCAAUUGA